CCGGUUCUCUGGAUCACUUAAAUUGAUCUGAAUCCGAUGAUCCCUUGACAUUAACGAACAUUGUUUCCUCGGAAUCUGUCUGUCUGUCUGUCAGUUGUUUUUUUUUUCCCUCUGUUAAAAUGCAAAUGGAGAUGACCCUUCUUUCUCUCUGGUUUCUGUUUUCCCGGGAAUAGUGUUUUUCAAGUGCUUCGACCGGGGAAAAUAGUUGUCUUUGCAACAGAACAGAAAAGGGGCUUCUUUCCAACGCUUUCACUGAUGAACGUAGACGGGUAAACGGGCCCCGUCCAUCACAUCACGUUGAAUUUAACCCCACAUCUCCCUUAAGGACCACCGUCGACUGUGGGGACCGACACCGAAGAGACAGAAUCGUGAGGAAAAGGAAGAGACUUUUGUGGUGGGGCUGUUGGUUCGUAAUCUUAGCCUCUCCACUAUCGAUGGUUUCUAUGAGAAGCAUAUGAACAAGUGAGAAGUUGAAUUUAUCGUCCCAUGGCCAUGGUGGGUCAUUCGAGUGACGAGGAGAAGGACUCAAAACAGGCAGAGAUUAAGAGCCAGGCGUCAUCCCAAUAUUCAGCACAGAAUGAGUGGCAAGUUCACAAGGUUGGGGUUCCUCCAAGGCAGCACCUGUUCAAGGAAUUCGCCUCAACCGUAAAAGAGACAUUCUUCGCAGAUGAUCCUCUGCGUCCCUUUAGGGAUCAGCCCGGGUCUCGCAAGUUUGUCCUGGGUGUUCAGGCCAUCUUCCCAAUCUUUGAGUGGGGGAGAAGUUACAGUCUCAGUAAAUUCAAAGGAGAUCUCAUUGCGGGUCUCACCAUUGCUAGUCUCUGCAUUCCCCAGGAUAUUGGGUAUGCAAAGCUCGCAAACUUGGAUCCGCAGUAUGGACUUUACUCUAGUUUCGUUCCACCCUUAAUCUAUGCAUUCAUGGGAAGUUCGAGAGAUAUUGCCAUUGGGCCAGUUGCAGUUGUCUCUCUAUUGCUAGGGAGGUUGAUUCAGAACGAAAUUGACCCCACGACAAAUCCACAUGAUUACCGAAGGCUUGCCUUCACCGCAACUUUCUUCGCCGGGGUAACUCAGGCCACUCUCGGUUUCUUCAGGCUGGGCUUCCUGAUAGAUUUCCUGUCCCAUGCUGCUGUUGUCGGAUUCAUGGCUGGUGCUGCCAUUACGAUUGCUCUACAACAGCUUAAGGGCUUUCUUGGCAUAACGAAGUUCACUAAGAAAUCAGAUAUUGUUUCAGUGAUGCGCUCCGUCUUUCAAUCAGCUCAUCACGGAUGGAACUGGCAAACCAUUGUUAUAGGAGCAUCAUUCUUGGGGUUCCUUUUGGUUGCAAAGUACAUCGGGAAGAAGAACAAGAAAUUCUUCUGGGUGCCUGCAAUCGCCCCGUUGACAUCAGUUAUCCUGUCCACUUUCUUUGUGUACAUAACCCAUGCCGAAAAGGAAGGCGUCCAAAUAGUGAAUCAUAUCAAGAAAGGAAUUAAUCCCCCAUCUGUAAAUGAAAUAUACUUCACUGGUGACUAUCUCCUGAAAGGUGUUAAGAUCGGAAUCGUGGCUGGGAUGAUUGCACUGACGGAAGCUAUUGCAAUUGGAAGGACUUUUGCUGCAAUGAAGGAUUAUCAACUUGACGGGAACAAAGAGAUGGUGGCUAUGGGAGUGAUGAACAUCGUUGGCUCCAUGACUUCUUGCUAUGUGGCCACAGGUUCGUUCUCCCGAUCUGCGGUUAACUACAUGGCAGGCUGCAAAACUGCGGUGUCAAACAUUGUGAUGUCAUGCGUUGUGUUCUUGACCUUGGAAUUCAUUACGCCCCUCUUCAAGUAUACUCCUAAUGCAAUUCUUGCGGCGAUUAUUAUAUCUGCUGUGAUCGGCCUGAUUGACUUUGAGGCGGCCAUCCUCAUUUGGAAGAUCGAUAAGUUCGAUUUUAUUGCCUGCAUGGGAGCCUUCUUUGGUGUAAUCUUUGUUUCUGUGGAGAUCGGGCUUCUGAUUGCGGUCACGAUAUCCUUCGCUAAGAUCCUUCUGCAAGUCACAAGGCCAAGGACAGCAAUCCUCGGGAAGCUUCCUAGGACAGCAGUUUACCGAAACAUUUUACAAUAUCCAGAAGCAACUAAGGUCCCAGGGAUUUUGAUCGUCAGGGUCGACUCGGCAAUCUACUUUUCCAACUCGAAUUACAUUAAAGAAAGGAUAUUGAGGUGGUUGACGGAUGAGGAAGAACAAUUAAAAGCAGCAUAUAUGCCGAGAUUACAAUAUCUAAUAGUCGAGAUGUCACCUGUUACUGAUAUCGACACGAGUGGUAUCCACGCAUUUGAAGAGUUAUACCGAAGCCUCCAAAAGAGAGAUGUGCAGCUUGUUCUGGCGAAUCCAGGUCCAGUGGUGAUCGACAAGCUGCACGCAUCCAAUUUCGCGAAUCUGAUUGGGGAGGGCAAGAUAUUCCUCACCGUCUCGGACGCCGUUUCUUCUUGCUCCCCGAAAUUGGUGGAGGAAGCCUGAGAAGCAAAAUAGGAAACGAAUUUGUGCACGAUAGAAUAAGAUUUAAAAGGAGCGGCUAUCUGUACAUUACUCAAAGCUCAACUCCAGCUGAGGGGCUAAAGGAAACCUGUCCUACUCAAAGCUCAACUUUAGAGUCCACGAAAUCCCCACUUGAUGUAACUUCAAUUCAGGCCUGUGAAUGAGCAAUCAAUUAUCUUCCAAAUCCGACUCGAUGUUCGAAUU